AUGCGCUUGCUCGAUACCGAGACGGGUCACUUUGUCAAUAAUCCGGGGACAGUCCCAUACGCCAUCUUGUCCCACGUAUGGGACAGACGAGAGCUGUCCUACCAAGAUGCCUUACAAAUCCAAAACUCGUCUCAAUUGACCGCGGUGGUCGACGAAGUAUCGCCCAGUCACAGUCCUACCCUCGUAUCGCAUACGUCUUCCGCGUUCUCGAUCGCGUACUCGAGCUCAAUCCUCGAUCAUCCCGAUCUGACCUCCAAAGUUCGCGAGGCCUGCCGCGUUGCUCGAGAGCAUGGGUAUCGCUACAUCUGGAUCGACUCAUGCUGCAUUGACAAGACGAGCAGCUCCGAGCUGUCCGAAGCCAUCAACUCGAUGCAUAGAUGGUAUCGCGACGCAUCCGUCUGCUACGCGUUUCUGGCAGACGUCCCCACCGCCAACAGGGCAGAGAUACGAUCGCCAGGGAGCCCCUUCUACCAGAGCCGGUGGUUCACUCGUGGAUGGACGCUGCAGGAGCUGAUCGCUUCCCGAUCGCUGGUGUUCCUGUCGAGGGAUUGGGUCGCGCUUGGGACGAAAGUGAGCCUGGUCGAUGUCGUCGAGACGAUCACCGGGAUCGACCAGGAUAUCCUGAGGCACCAGAAGUCGCUCGACCAAGUCAGCGUCGCGAGGCGGAUGUCUUGGGCUUCCCGCAGGAGCACGACACGAGUUGAAGACGAGGCGUAUUGCCUGCUGGGUAUCUUCGGCAUCAACAUGGAGACCCUGUAUGGAGAGGGCCGCCAUGCCUUCUUCCGCCUCCAGGAGAAGAUACUCAUGCAGAUCCCAGAUCAGAGCAUCUUCGCCUGGGGCUUGCCGUUCCCAAGACGCAUCCCUCCACCGGCGCCGCCGGAAGUCCUCGACCUUGUGACGCUCGACGUCACACUUUUUGCACAAGCACCAUCGGAUUUCGCGCACAGCGACGCCAUCGUCAGUUUAUCCCACCACGGCUUCCGCACGAAGCUUCAGCGGAGCACCCUCCAACCGCCAGAGUACUCAUUUUCUUCGUACGGUCUGCGGACUGAACUGCCCGUCGUCCCAGCGCACGCGCACUACACCACCCCGGAUUACGUCUUCGUCAUCCUGGCC